CACAAAGUAUAUUUUUCUUAUUUCACACAAAAUUGAUAACCCCCAUACGUGUACUAGGAUAAUAAUACUACAACUUUAGUACAAAAAAUACGGAGUAUGUCGAUGUGUAGGUCGGCUAGUGGACCUAGCACACCUUGUGAGGCCAAUAGGCCAACCCUCCAUACUUGUACUUGGAUAAUAAUACUACACCUCUAGUGCGAAAAGAUGGAGGAGACACGUGCCUCGAAGCCUGUGGCCGACCAAUCAUCAAAACCUCCCGCGUUGUUUCAACUUUCAACGUUGUAGCUCACCCACCACACUCCACACUACACCUGUCGCCAUCUCUCCCCCUCCAAAAGAAAUAGUCUCCAACUUCUUGUGAACUGAAUAAAUAAGACUUAGAAGGCCUUCCCAUGGAAGCUGAUUUUCUUCCUCAACACAUUAUUAUUGUCAUCCUUAUUAUUUUGUACAUCCACAUUCCACCAUUGUCAACCACCCGGCCAGACACAAACUAAACACCGGACGGCCAACGUAAGAAACCAAAAAUGGCGACUUAUCAUUAUCGGAGUUUGACACUCAUCAUUCUCGCCGGAGUCCUUAUAUCUGCUGAGCUAUGUGGAUGCAUUGAUGGAGGGAUAAGGUUGGGUUCAAGAUUGUUAGCUAAGGACGACGGCGUGAAGCGCUGUUGGGUUUCUGACAACGGAACCUUUGCCUUCGGCUUCACGCCCACCGCUAGCGGCGGCUCUAGCACCAAACGGUUUCAGCUAGCGAUUUGGUUCGCACAGCUUCCUGGAAAUCCUACAUUAGUCUGGUCCCCUAACAUAAACUCCCCAGUCAGCAAAGAUGCAAUCUUGGAGUUAGAUACCUCCGGUAGCCUCACCCUCACCGAUGGCAGCACCACUGUCUGGACAUCAAACACCUCUGACGCAGGGGCCGAGACGGCAUCUGUGUCAGAAACGGGCAACCUCCUCCUCCUAACCCACAACAGAACCAUCCUUUGGCAGAGCUUCUCACAUCCAUCUGAUACUCUCCUACCAGGACAACCAUUAAUGGCCUCCAUGGAACUUAUCUCAUCCUCAGCUUUCCCUUCUCCAGGAUACUACACACUGAAAAUGUUACAACAGCCCACCUCUUUAAACCUUGCUUUGACCUAUAAUGUCCUUGAAACUCUGGAUUACUCGCCCGAGUCUUACUCAAACUACUCCUACUGGUCUGGACCGGACAUCUCAAAUGUGACUGGAAACGUGGUCGCGAUUCUGGAUGAGAAGGGGAGCUUCGGAAUUGUGUAUGGCUCGUCUUCCGCUGGUGCCGUAUAUGUGCACAAGAAUGAUGGCGAUGACGAUGAUGGGUUAUCAUCUGCCACAACCCAAUCCGUGACAUCCAACCGACUCCUAAGGCGGUUAGUUCUGGAGAGCAAUGGGAAUUUAAGGCUGUACAGAUGGGACAGUGAUGUUAACGGGACAAGCCAGUGGGUCCCGGAGUGGGCAGCAGUGUCGAACCCGUGUGACAUCGGCGGAAUAUGUGGCAAUGGUAUAUGCAGUUUAGACAGAACCAAGACGAAUGCUUCUUGCCGCUGCUUGCCAGGGAGUAACCCAUUGACUGGAACUGAUGUCCAGUGCUACCAGAACUCCUCCCUAACCGGGAAAUGUGACCGCCAUCACGAGAACCUGACCGGAGGUCACUUCAAGAUGAAAACAGUCCAGCAGACAAACUACUACUUCUCCAAGAAAUCAGUGAUAGCGAAUUACAGUGACACUGAGAGUUUAUCCAAAUGUGGGAACGCCUGCUUGUCUGACUGUGACUGUAUAGCUUCUGUGAAUGGGCUUCUUGAGGAAAAGCCUUACUGUUGGCUCCUCAGUAGCCUGGAAUUCGGGGGGUUCGAAGACCCAAGCUCAACUAUGUUCGUGAAAGUGGAGAGCAAUGGCUCAUUCCAGGGGGGGAACGGAACAAGGAUGAGGGCGAGAGGGUCAUCAAUGGAUAAGAAUGAUCGUGACAAGGUUUUGGUGCUUCCCAUUGCAUUGAGCAUGAGUCUACUGACUCUACUCAUUGGACUCCUGUUUUGCUUGUUGUAUAUCAGCAUUCACAGAAAGAGGUCACUGAGGAGAGCUCUGGAAAGCUCAAUGAUGCUUUCUGGAGCUCCAAUUAGCUUUGCUUAUCGCGACUUGCAAUCCAGGACCAGCAACUUCUCUCAUUUGCUGGGAACAGGUGGAUUUGGGAGUGUAUUCAGUGGUGCGCUCGGAGAUGGAACAUUGAUUGCAGUAAAGAAGCUUGAUAAAGUUUUACCACAUGGAGAGAAAGAAUUUAUCACAGAGGUGAACACCAUUGGUUCCAUGCAUCAUAUGAACCUCGUCCGCCUCUGUGGAUUCUGCUCCGAUGGAACAAAAAGGCUUUUAGUGUAUGAAUUCAUGAAGAAUGGAUCUCUGGACAAGUGGAUCUUCCCUUCAUUCACUAACAAGGAUAGGCUGUUAGAUUGGCCAACACGCUUCCGGGUAGCCCUUGGGACAGCACAAGGGAUUGCUUACUUUCAUGAGCAAUGUAGGAACAGGAUCAUACACUGUGACAUCAAACCAGAAAACAUACUCCUGGAUGAGAAUUUCUGUCCAAAAGUGUCUGAUUUCGGGCUGGCUAAACUGAUGGGGAGAGAACACUCCCAUGUUGUGACAAUGAUCCGAGGAACCAGAGGAUACCUGGCACCAGAAUGGAUCAGCAACCGUCCCAUUACAGUGAAAGCUGAUGUUUACAGCUAUGGUAUGCUUCUUCUUGAAAUUGUCGGCGGCCGGAGAAAUCUUGACAUGAAGUUCAAUGCAGAUGACUUCUUUUACCCAGGGUGGGCAUACAAGGAGAUGACAAAUGGAACACCAUUGCAAGUUGCAGA